AUGGAAAAAAUCUUCUCGGUUUUGGUUAUCUGCGUGAUUGUAUUUUCUCACCAAACCUCCGCAGAGGAAAUCAAAGGCAAAGCUUUAAUCCAAAGUGUAUGCAAUUUAUCACCAAACAACAAGGAUCUCUGCGUGCAAGUUCUUUCUUCCGACCCAUCAAAAUCACCAAACGCCGAUCUUACAGACCUAGCAAUAGUAGCCCUAAGAGUUGCUGCUAAAAACGCUUCUGCAAUUCUAACCGACGUGAAGAUGUUGAUCGACGAUGCUGAUCUUGACCCUGAAAUCCAACAAGGUUUGGCAGAUUGUAAACAAACAAUCUUGGACGCUGAAUCUCAGCUUGAAGACACCAUUGCUGCAUUGUUGGUUGAAGCCGAUGUUGAUGCUCAAACAUGGUUGAAGGCUGCUUUGGCUGCUAUUACAACUUGCGAUGAUUCUAUUCCUGGCAAUGAUGAUGUUUUGUCUGUCAAGAGUCAGAUGUUCCGCAAAUUAUGCAACAUUGUUGUUGUUAUUACCAAGGCCGUGCCUGCUUCACUUCACGCAUAA